UGUCGCUGCUGCGGCGACAGUCAGCAGGAGCCCCACACACACACACACACACACACACACACACACACACACACAUACGGAUAGUGUUGCAGUUUGUGGACACGCUUCCGACAACAGUUAUCUUUGUAUCCAACAAACGGAUAUUGCUCCACCUGAGGCAGCCGGACCAGAAGAUCUUCUGCUGCCCUGUCUGGAAGAUCAUCCUCACUGAACCUGGAUCAGCUCACUUCCUCUUCUCCUUCAUCCCAUCAGUAGACUAGAGGACGAACUGCUUUCUGGAGCAGCCGUGGAUCAACGCAGAAAGAGGGGCACCUCACAUGGGAGUGCGUGACCGUGUGUGUGAGGGUGUGUGUUCAGGCCUCCUGCCGUCGCCCGCUCUUCCCAGACAGGCAUGGCGGGGGUCCGAGAGCGCGGCUCCCGGAUACAGAGGCCGUGGUCUGUGUACCGGGCCAGCACGUUCGAGCUGUCCAGCGAGAUGAUCGGCUUGGCUCUCGCAGGAAACAGUCAGGACCCAGAUGAGCCUGUGCUUGAGUUCAGCGUCUCCUGCACAGACCUGCUGACUCCUGCUUUGGACCGAAAACCCAACAGCUUUGUAGCAGUGAGCUGCACGACACCACCGCAGGCCUUCUGGACCAAACACGCCCAGACGGAAGUCAUAGAGGGCACCAGUAACCCCAUCUUCCUCAGCAGCAUCGCCUUCUUCCAGGAGUCCAACAUCAACCAGCAGACGCAGGUGAAGCUGGCCGUCUAUGACGUCAAGGAUCGCUCGCAGGGCACGAUGUACAUGUUGGGCUCAGCACUUUUUCCUGUUAAGGAGUUGUUGCAGGAGAGGAGCCACAGAUUACAGCUCGAACUGAGAUCAGCAGAGAACGAGCGGGUGGGGAACAUCAUCAUCGCUGCGUGGCAGAUGGAGGAGAGAGCAGAUCAGAGGAUGUCGGUCGGCCGCCUGCCAGACAGCAUCAACGGGCGGACGGUGCUGCCGGUUGACGAGAGCCUCACAGAGUCGAUGGGAGUCCGGAUCAAGUACGCCUCGCUAUGCAAAGACACGCUGCUGCGCUCAGUGUUUGGAGGCACGAUGUCCAGGAUGUACCGCUUCCCCACGACUGACGGGAACCACCUCCGGGUGCUGGAGCAAAUGGCUGAGAGCGUCCUCUCAUUAAACAUCCCCAGACAGUUUGUCAAGCUGCUGCUGGAGGAGGACGCAGCCAGGGUGUGUGAGCUGGAGGAGCUGGGAGAGUUAUCGCCCUGCUGGGAGAAUCUGCGGCGACAGAUUGUCUCUCAGUACCAGACCAUAAUACUCACAUACCAGGAAACAGUGUCCGACCUCAACGACUACAGAGGUCCGUCGUUCAAAGCCAGCAACCUGAAGGCAGAGAGGAAGCUUGAGUUCAUGCCAACCAACCUACACGUUCAGAGGAUGAGGGUGCAGGAUGAGCUGGGCUUUGAACACACCUACGAUGUGAUAACAAUCGGAGCUCCGGCAGCUCACUGCCAGGGCUUUAAAAACAGCGGCUUGCGGAAGCUCAUCCAGAAGUUUGAGGAGGCGAAGAAACACGUAUAUGAGGAGGAAUGCAGCGCCCUCUCCAGCUCGCAGUCCAUCGUCUACAUACCCCAGGACAUCGUCCGAGCCAAAGAGAUCAUCGCCCACAUCAACACGCUGAAGACUCAGGUCAGCUACUACGCUGAGAGGCUUUCCCGAGCCGCCAAGGACCGAUCUGCCAGCGGACUGGAGAGGACGCUCGCUAUCCUGGCUGAUAAGACUCGUCAGUUGGUGACGGUAUGCGACUGUAAGCUGCUGGCUUCAGCCAUCCAGGCCCUGAACGCAGCACGGCCUGAGUACAUCGCCUCCAAAGCGUCUCCCUCCGCUGAGUCAGAACAAGUAGUCCUACGGAACGACCAGGACACGCUGCUCGCCAAGUGGAGCGGUUGCAACAGCCGAUCAUCACUGCACGUAGACUGGCAUGAAGAGGAGUGGGAGAAGGUUUGGGUGAAUGUGGAUAAAUCUCUGGAGUGCAUCAUACAGCGUGUCGACAAGCUGCUUCAGAAGGAGAGGAGGCCCAGCCUCAGCAGUCAGGACGGGACCCUGACUGACCUCCUGGGCGGUGCCAGUAAGAAAGAUGAAGGAAAAAGACGAGCUUUCUGGAUCAACCCAGGGAGUUCAUCACAGGAAUCACCAUCAUUACCAUCCUCUUCAUCACCUCCACGAUCAUCCUCACCACCGCCAUCCUCUUCCUCCAUGCCCGCCCUCUCCUCUGCACAAGAAUCCUAUGGAAGCCCCAGUGCUGAGGAGGCGUACCCAGGCGAGUGGAGCGAGGCGUUGUACCCUCUCCUCACCACGCUCACUGAGUGUGUCGCCAUGAUGAGCGAUAAGGCCAAAAAGUCCAUGGUGUUCCUGCUGAUGCAGGACAGCGCCCCGACGAUAGCCAUGGACCUGUCGCUGCAGUACCGCCGCGACGUCGUCUUCUGCCAGACACUCACUGCUCUCAUCUGCGGCUUCAUUAUCAAACUGAGGAACUGUCUCCGUGACAACGGUUUCCUCCGACAGCUCUACACCAUCGGCCUGCUGGCUCAGUUUGAGUCCCUGCUCAGCACCUACGGAGAGGAGCUGGCCAUGUUGGAGGACAUGAGUGUCGGCAUCAUGGAUCUCCGCAACGUCACCUUUAAGGUGACCCAGGCCACCGGCAGCUCCGCCCCCGAUAUGUUGCCGAUCAUCACAGGUAACCGUGACGGCUUCAACGUUCGCAUCCCUCUGCCGGGAACCAUGUUCGACGCGCUGCCACGGGAGAUCCAGAGCGGCAUGCUGCUGAGGGUCCAGCCAGUGCACUUCAACGUCGGCAUCAAUGAGCAGCAGACGCUGGCUGAGAAGUUUGGAGACACAUCCCUGCAGGAGAUCAUUAACUUGGAGAGUCUCUCCAGGCUGAAUUCAUACUACGAACAGUUCAAAGAAGUCCUGCCUGAAGACUGCCUCCCGAGGUCUCGUUCUCAGACUUGUCUCCCUGAGCUGCUGAGGUUUCUGGGGCAGAACGUCCACGCCAGGAAAAACAAGAACGUGGACAUCCUCUGGCAGGCAGCUGAGAUCUGCCGCCGGCUGAACGGGGUUCGUUUCACCAGCUGCAAAAGCGCCAAAGACCGCACGGCCAUGUCGGUGACCCUGGAGCAGUGCCUGAUCCUGCAGCACGAGCACGGCAUGGCGCCACAGGUCUUCACGCAGGCCCUCGACUGUAUGCGCAGCGAGGGUUGCAGACGAGAAAACACCGUGAAGAACGUCGGAUGCCGAAAGUACGCAUUUAACUCGCUGCAACUCAAGGCCUUCCCCAAACAUUACCGACCACCUGAUGGCACCUUCGGGAAAGUCGAAACCUGAUUGGACCACAGGGAGCUCUGUGUCGGGGACAUUAUUGGACAGUACAGCUGCUGUGUUUUGGGAAAGCCGAGAUCAGGCUGGGUACAAUCAAGACACUGUGUUCAGACCAUCAUGUCAGAUUUGUAUCACCUUAGGUAUAAUAACUGUUUUUAGGUACUGUAUUAGUAUGCCAUGUUAUGCAUAACACGCUGAUACAAGACUGUUUUUCCCGGUAGCAGUCCAGCUUUUAGUUUUCUCAGUUUUUAUUUCUUAUUAUAAAAAUGAACGUGAACAGCACUGCCUCACCCCUGAUCAAGCACUGAUGUAAUCAAUGAUAACCACACAGACCUUUGCAAUGUGAAUCAAGAGACAAAUCAUUAAAACCAUGUUUGAAUUCAAAGAUACAUAAAUAAAACAGAUAGUUAUCCAAUGUCAAACUGCAGUAUUUGGACAGAUUUAUUCUUUACACCAGCCAGCGUCUGUCUGCAGUCAGGAUUUCUUCCCCAGACGCCUUAUAUGAAAUAUUAGCUAAAUAUUUUGGAGAGAAAAAGACAAGGUUUGUUAUUCUAUAUUUUUAUGCCUCCAUGCUGGCACUAGCGGUGGCCAGAGGCAUGAUGUUUUCAGGUUGUACAUCCGUCAGUCCCAUUCUUGUGGACGCAAUAUCACCUUGGGUUAAUUUCUAAAAAUUUGGCACAAACGUCCACUUUGAGUCAAGGAUUAGAUUUUCUGAUUUUUCUGAUUAGAAUUUGGUGGUCUAAAGUCAAAGGUCAAGGUCACUGUGAGUGAACACAGUAUUUCAAGAACACCAUGAGGUAAUUUCUUCAAAUUUGGCACAAGUGUCCACUUGGACUCAAGGAUGUUCUCAUUUUAAUUUGGUGGCCAGAGGUUAAAGGUCAAGGUCACUGUGACCCCACAAUACAUAAUUUUUGACCACAACUCAAGAAUUCUUGAACUAAUUGUGACAAACUUCACAAAAACGUCUAAUAGGAUGAAAUCAUGAAGUGAUGUAAUUUUGUGUCCACUAAGUCAAAGCGAUAUCUCCAGAACGCCUUGUUUUAAUUUCUUAAAAUUUGGCACAAACGUCCACUUUGAGCCAAGGAUCAACUGAUUGGAAUUUGGUAGUCUAAAGUCAAAGGUCAAGGUCACUGUGACCUCGUCCGUCGCAUUAUUGUGAACACAGUAUCUCAAGAACACCUUGAGGUAGUUUCUUCAAAUUUGGCACAAAUGUCCACUUGGACUCAAGGAUGAUCUCAUUUUAAUUUGGUGGCUGAAGGUUAAAGGUCAAGGUCACUGUGACCCCACAACACAUAAUUUUUGACCACAAUUCAAGAAUUCUUGAACUAAUUGUGACAAACUUCACAAAAACGUCUAAUAGGAUGAAAUCAUGAAGUGAUGUAAUUUUGUGUCCACUAAGUCAAAGCGAUAUCUCCAGAACGCCUUGUUUUAAUUUCUUAAAAUUUGGCACAAACGUCCACUUUGAGCCAAGGAUCAACUGAUUGGAAUUUGGUAGUCUAACGUCAAAGGUCAAGGUCACUGUGACCUCGUCCGUCGCAUUAUUGUGAACACAGUAUCUCAAGAACACCUUGAGGUAGUUUCUUCAAAUUUGGCACAAAUGUCCACUUGGACUCAAGGAUGAUCUUGAGUUUGAUCUUGAGAUCUGAAUUUGGUGGCUGAAGGUUAAAUCAUCAUUUUUGACCAUAACUCAAGAAUUCUUGAACUAAUUAUGACAAAACUUCACAAAAAAGGGUGAAAUGGGAUGAAAUGAUGAAGUGAUGUCAUUUUGUGUCCACUAAGGUCAAAGGUCAACUUCACAGUGACAAGCAAAAAGUUUUUACAGGUGCGAGAACCAGACAGGAGAUCUGCACAUGUGCAACGUUUUGAUCUAGCAGAGAUCCUCAUCAGGAUUUCAAAAUGCCUGACGAGAAUUGAAACGUUGCACGAUUAAAACCAGUGGGAGCUUUUCAUACAGUGUGCGGAUUUCCUGUCUGGUUUCAACCUCACGAUGACAUUGUAAUGUUCUGCAAAAAUACUAUCUGAUCAUUAUUCACCAUCAUAUCUCAGGUACAGAAGUGGAGACAUUUGGUCAAUCUUGGGUGUCCCCCUUGAAUUGGCUGAUUGUAUAGAUCUUUUGUGCAGCCGGGGAAAAAAGCGUGUGUCAAGCGUUCAUGUUUUCACAGACAUGGAUGUGAAUUGAACUUGACUGGUGCUCCAAGGCAUACAACCGCAAAGCGUUAAUUCUAGUUUUACACAGGAUUUAUUGACAAAAAGAUAAAACAUUGAUGGCCUUAUCCUUGUAGGAGUUGCCACUUCAGACUGAAAUGUUGCUAGAAAAUUUCCUGCUCUUUAUAUAUCCUCACAUUUCCGUUUCCAUAGCCUGGAAACACACUGAUCUGAGAGAUAUAGCACUAUCUACAUAAAGCAAAAAACCACUAGAACGCUUCUGAAGGAGCAAAACAUUGAAUCAGAAAGUCACGUCGUUGAUGGUGAUCAUGAAACAUUACAGCUUGUUUAAGGACAAAGAGGAUCGUUGUAGGAGCUGCAAACUGGACUGAAAUUCAGAAUAAUGUGGAAAGUCUGCAAGAGUGUCAAGGAAAAGCGUCCAAAUUUGAAAUUGUAGGUUAAAAUAAGCUUGACUGAUCCUAGUUGGAGAUAUUGUGAUCAGAGUGUGACGUUUUUAUUUCUAAUUUAAGACAAGAAGCAUGUGGCAUUGACAAAAUAAGGUUUUAAAGUAUGAAUCAUAUCUGAGGCUUGGUGGGCAUUUCCUUCGCUGAGGUCAAAGGGGAACAUGUUUGCAUUACUUGCCAUUAUUUUCCUCACACUCCCUUCACUGUCUGCCACGUGUAUUUGCAAUUACCUCUUUGCACCACACGGGGGAGUCACUGCUCUUCACUUAAUGUGAAUACACUCCUGUAAAACCACAUCACAGCUCCAUGUGUGAUUAAUGCAUCAUUGCUGAUGGCAGUCCGACUGCAAACGACGUAGAAAAGCCAUUCUUCUGUUGUAUUUACAUGUUUUAUUCCUUAAUCUUAUAAGUACUUUUUGUUCUGUCAACAUGCUGUGUUGCAAAUUUGGCAUUUUAUUUGAGAUUAGAAUACUUUCUCAGAGCAUCUGUGAAGGUUUGAAUGUUGCUGUGUAUCAUAACUUGUCAAUAUCUGAUGCUGAAAUAAACACAAAAUGGA